UGCCGCGGGCGGCGCUGCUGCCGAGUCCUCCAGACAUUGUGCGCAGGCACGAGGCCUAGGCCCAUGCUGGGAGUGCAGUGAUGGCGGAGGAGAAGCGAGUGGAACUACGAGAGGAGGAAGUCGAGGAGGAUGAUGAUGAGGAGGUUGAUGAGUCCCUCUCUGAAAGACUGUGGGGUUUGACGGAGAUGUUCCCUGAGGGAAUGCGAAAUGCCUCAGGAAUCGCUGCCGACUGCUCAGUGUCACUGGCAAAGAAAAUCUACAGUUUCGCCCGGUCAGCCCUUUGGGUGGGAACCACCUCCUUCAUGAUCCUGGUUCUGCCGGUUGUGUUCGAAACAGAGAAACUCCAACUGGAGCAGCAACAAAUCCAGCAACAGAGACAGAUUCUGUUAGGCCCGAAUACGGGUCUCUCUGGUGGAAUGCCGGGAAUGCUGCCACCGCCAGUUCCUGGGAAAAUAUAAUGCAUUAGACGCCUUGAGAAGAAAGUGCCGAUGUAAUGGGAAGGGAUUGAUAUACCUUUGGGGUGGGGUGGGAGAUUUGAUGUUACGAACUGAUGCUGUAUCAGCUGCUCAUUGCCAGCAAGAUAUGAAUUCAUCCUCCGUGUUCACCUCUGGAGCGUUUGGACAUCCUGACAGACUAAGUCUCAUCGGCAAACAUUGUCAGCUCAGGAUUGGAGGGUGGCGAGAAUCGGAAUUCUAAUCUGCUGGAACAUUCAUUGUUUUGGGGGAACAUUGGGGGGAGGGGCGGGUGCAGUCUGAUAGGUUCUCGGAGCCAUUUUUCUAAUGAACUGCAAAGUAUCUCAAUCGCAGCCAGCAUUUAUCUGAGUCACUCUAUUGGGAACCAGCUGUGGGAGCUGGAGUUUUAGACAGAUUGGCAGGUCAAGUUUGUCGCAAAAUGGUGGAGGUGUGAGGGACUGCCCUGUGCCAGUGCAAUACAGUGGAAGGGUGUAAGGGAUUCCUUUGUGUCAGUGCAGUGGAAGGGUGUGAGGGACUGCCCUGUGCCAGUGCAGUGCAGGGGAGGGGUGUGAGGGACUGCCCUGUGCCAGUGCAGUACAGGGGAGGGGUGUGAGGGACUGCCCUGUGCAAGGGCAGUACAGGGGUGGGGUGUGCGGGACGGUUGUGUUCUUGUUCUUGGUUGCACCCUGUUCUUUCACUUCAGGAACAAAGCAAACCCAGAGUCUGUUUUUGUGUCCCCUCCGGUGAUUAAGUUGUGGCAGUGAUUUGUGAAUUCAGGGAGGAUCCUAAGUUGUUUCUGACACAGAUUCAGGGUUACUGUCUGAGCUGAGCUGGGCAUGGCUGUGGUUCCGGACCAGGGUGGCACAGGUGGUGGCAAGUGUCCUCAAAGCCAGUGACUUGCUGCAGGAAAGGGACGUGCCAGGUUCCUCCUGCCUGGUACCUACCUCCAAACCUGGGGGCUGGGUGGCCCAGAGGCUGCUUGGCAAACUUGGUGCCCUCUGGGUCUUAGUGUAACAAGUGAGAUGGAGACCUGGCCGUCUGAACACUGAAAUCUGCAGGAUUUGGAAACCCAGGCAGCUCCAAUUGAAUUUACCCGAGACCGGGCUGGUCUGACACUAAGGUUCCCUUCUGCAAACCUCACAUUGAGAUGGAAUCAGUUUGAAUAUUCCACCUGCAGGAAUGGUGGAAAAUGCUGUGUGACUUGAAGUCGGGGUUUAAUAAAUGCUUGAUACUGGA